AUGGUGUCCAAGAUAGUGAAGAGAACCCCCACAAAAUCCCUCAGAAACCGGAACAAGACCCACGGCCGCCGCCGUAAAUCUCCGGCCAAGAACCCCGCCGCCACCGCCGCCGCUGCCGUCGUCGCCUCCCUCAACCGCUCCGUCCACACCUGCCGCCGCCGCCUCAUUAGGAUCUUUGCCAAGCUCGCCCCCACCAAGAAAACCCCCUCCCCCCGCCGCUCCAAACGUGGCUACCAAAUCCUCGACAAACCCUCCGCCGCCGCCGACGGCGACCCCUCCCUCCUCCUUCUCCCCCGAUCCCUGUUCGCCGCCCUUCCCCCGCCGCCGCCGCCCUCCGCCCGCCGGAAAACCGUCUUCCUCGACCUCGACGAGACCCUCGUCCACUCCACCCCAAACAUUCCACCCGAAAGAUACGAUUUUGCAGUCACCCCCUUAAUCGACGGCGAAAAAGUCGACUUCUUUGUCCUGAAACGGCCCUUUGUCGACGAAUUCCUGAGCUUCCUCAGCCGGUCAUCCUUCGAAAUCGUGAUAUUCACAGCUGGCAUCAAGGAGUACGCUUCCCUCGUGAUCGACAGGCUAGACCCAAAGGGCUUGAUCUCCUACAGGCUGUACAGGGACUCGUGCCGGGAGAUUGACGGGAGGUUCGUUAAGGAUCUUGAAAUUGUCGGGAGGGAACUCGACAGGGCAGUAAUCGUGGAUGAUAAUCCGUGUUCUUACCAGCUGCAGCCGGGUAAUGCAGUUCCGGUCAGACCAUUUACAGACGAUCUAAGAGAUGAGGAGUUAAAGGGGCUGAUGGGGUUUUUCGGGGGGUUUUUUGGUUCGGCCGAGGAUGUGAGGGAUGCUGUGAGGGAUUAUUUGGAUGAUUUGAAUGUGGGGGAGAAGUCUAUAUAUAGUGUGUGA